UUUUUUUUUUUUUUUUUUUACUCCACAUAUCAAAACAUGGCAUCAGAAAGAGCAACUCUGGUUUUAGGUGGUGCAGCUUUAGGUGCUGUAUCUUAUGCAGCUUAUCAAAAAUUAACAUUAAAAAAACCGACAACUUUAAAACCAACUGUAGUAAAUACACAACCUUCGCCACAACCUUCACCAAAUACAUUUGAAAAGGCAAGAUCCAUCUUACCUUUUGGUUUCCCAGGGCCUGUUAAUGAUGUGAUUUACCGCAAUGCUUAUGUAACUUCAUAUAAUAGACGAGAUCGUAAUCCAAAUUGGGUAGCCGAGCAUUUAACAGCAGAAAGUUUAAAACGUGGAGCAGAUGUCGAUCGUCAAAAGUCAACAUUUAAAGAAGAUGAUCAUAUUCCAGAAAAGUUUAGAGCUAAAUUAAAUGAUUAUUUCAAGAGUGGGUUUGAUAGAGGACAUAUGGUUCCCGCUGCGGAUACAAAAAACAGUCAACUUUCAAUGAAUGAAACAUUUUAUUUAACAAAUAUUGCACCUCAAGUAGGACAAGGAUUCAAUAGAGACUAUUGGGCUUAUGUUGAACAUUUCUGUAGACAGCUGACACAAAAAUUUAAAGAUGUCUACAUCUUUACAGGCCCCUUAUAUCUGCCUUAUCAAGACCCAUCGGACGGUAAAUUUUAUAUUAAAUAUCAGGUUAUCGGUAACCCUGCACCUAAUGUAGCAGUCCCCACUCAUUUCUAUAAAGUGAUCAUGACACAAGACAAUCAAGGACACUAUAGUGUAGGCGCCUUUGUAUUACCCAAUCAACCUAUUCCAGAUGAAACCCCUUUAACACAAUUCCAGGUUCCUCUGGAUGCCGUUGAACGAGGUUCCGGUCUUGUCUUUUUUGAAAAGUUAGGCGAAGAGACAAAACGUCGCUUGCCUGACCUUUGUCGACAAACAGAAUGCAAAGUGGUUAUUCGUAAAUUUAAUGAUGCUGCUGCACAAAAACAAUUGCCUGCAAAAUGAUGAAUAAUAAUAAUAAUAAUAACAAUGAUAAUAAUGAUUAAAAACAAAGAAAUUUAGAUUUUUUAUUAAUCAUGAU